GACGCCGCAUAAAACUUAAUACAAUGGCUUACAAGCCGAUCAGUCGUUAACAUUUCACUAUAGAUGUAGGUAGUAGGUAGUAGUAACACUCAGUUGGGAAUAAUUCUAAGUGAAAAAUACACAAAUUCAAAAUAUACGCAACUAAAAAAAACCAGAACCACAAGUGAAGGUGUAAAUAAAUUUAAAUUGAUUUACAAACAAAUUGUUUUCUGAAAAAUUCUAACAAAAUAUGUUAAGCUGUCAAAAGUUAUGGUUUUUAAUGGUCAUGGUGGUGGUUUUGCUGAAAAAUCACCAGUCAUGGGCAAAACCAGUGGCUGAAGCUGCAGCCGAGCCAAAUGCUGAAGCAGGUGCAAAGGAAUUAUCCAAAUUACUGCUCAUAACCGAUGAUGUUAUACUCGAUAAAGUGGAAAAGGAUAAUAAAAAAGUGAUACGUGUUAAUCCCCUAGACUUGCCAACCAUCAAAGAAGAUCCCAAUAUUUCGAAUAUAGACUCUUCUCUCUACAAAAUACAAUCUCUCAAACCCUAUUCGGGCAAAAGGAAAUACACCAAUAUGCGCCGUUCCAAGCCACAAAACGAAAACGAUAUCGAGCCUCAGGCUACCCUUAACGAUACACCCAUUAUUAGAGGUUUCUCUUUGCUGGCCAAUCCAGAAAAACCAUUGAAACCCAAACAUCAACCCAAAAAGAAACAAUUACAUUUUCUCUACAACCAAGAGGAUUUAGCUGGUAAUUUACUGUCAAAGACCAUGCGUGUUCAUGUGGCUCCCGGUGCCUAUCCUGUGUACUAUGUGGUUUCCAAGACCAAUGGCCGUUUUGGCAAAUAUCCCUUAAAGAGUUUUGAUACACCACAGGCUUUUAGAAAGUAUUUAAAGAAAAAUAAACUUGAGGAUCUGCCUAUGCUGGAAACCUAUGAAGAGGUGGUGUAAGAAUGUUUGGGGAAAAGAAUUAUCCAUACAGCUUAUUGUGUAUAUUAUGGCGAUAAAAUAGUAUUUAGUAUUUAUUGUAAAUAGUUAUAAGCAAAGUUUUGUAAGAGUUUUUCGUUUUAUUAAAAAAAGAAAUAUACAGUAUGUGCG